AUGGCACCGAAACGGAGGUCUAAGAUUCUCAAACUUCUUCCUUCAAGGGCCAGAAAAAUAAUUACUUCUAGAGCUGCUUCGAAAAAUUCAGAUGAUAAAUCGUCUGUUGCCAAUCCAUUUCCAUUUCUACAACUUCCUGCAGAAGUGCGGAUUCAGAUAUAUAAGCAACUUGGUCCAAUUUCGAAACCUAAUUCCAAAAAAUUCUUAGUAAUCACACGGGGUCAUUUAAGAAGAGAUCCCGAGCUUGUAACAUAUACUACAAAAAGGUGUUCAGAGGAAGAUGAAAGUCGUUGCUACCCAGAAAUACUAUGUUUGAAUCGGCAGAUUUAUCAUGAAGCCAUGCCACUAUGGUAUGGGGCCGAUAAAUUACAUUUCUGGCUAAUAAGCCCAGCAAGCCGAUUCCACAAAAAAACAAGUCUACCGCGCCAUUUACCUGACUUCCUGAGAUUUAUGACGUCGCUUCGCAUCGACAUUUUUACUGAGGAUGAUGAUACAUCAUUGGCGUUAAAAUCACGGAGACCAAAGAUGUCUAAAUUUUUGACAGAAUUUGGAAACCGUUUGGCUGAACAUGGCAAUCUCAAAGAACUUCACAUUCGCUUCUCAUUGCGAACACCAAUACCACUUCCACCCUCCGCAGUUCCUUCACUUGUUCUAGGCAGUCUUUUGGAACCUUACUUGGAACCUUUUCGAGGAACAUCAGGACUAUUGAACCUAACGACAUCAAUCGACGUACGAGAAGCGCAUGAAAGUAAUCAAAUCAACUGUGGGGGAAGGAUUUAUUCAUCGGUAGAGGAAGAUGCACGUGCGUAUCUGGACACUUUCGAGUCUGAAAUGCUCCAAACCACGAAGUCGAUACAUUGA